UGGGCGCAUCAUUUAUUUACUCGUUUUACCCUCCCUGCCCGGGCCCGGCAGGGCUGCACCGGGGGCUGGAGCGGAGCUUCGUGCGGGGACAGCGGCACCGGGGAGGCGGCGGAGGAGCGGGCGGUGCCCGGCGGUGUCCGGCUGUGUCCGGCGGUGUCCUGCAGUCCCGCAGUGUCCCGCCAGUGUCCGGCACCCCGGGCCGCGCCCAGCCCGGCCCCAUCCGCCCGUCCAGCUCCGCCUCCAGCCCGAUCCACCCCGUGUCCGUCCAGCUCCACCCGAUCCAUCCCUCUGUCCGUCCAGCUCAUCCUCCCUGCCCGAUCCAUCCCUCUGUCCAUCCAGCUCCUCCUCCGGCCCGAUCCCCCCGUGCCCAUCCAGCUCCUCCUCCGGCCCGAUCCCCCCCGUGCCCGUCCAGCUCCUCCUCCGGCCCGAUCCCCCCCGUGCCCGUCCAGCUCCUCCUCCGGCCCGACCCAUCCUCAGGCCCGUCCAGCUCCUCCUCCGGCCCGAUCCCCCCGUGCCCGUCCAGCUCCUCCUCCGGCCCGACCCAUCCUCAGGCCCGUCCAGCUCCUCCUCCGGCCCGAUCCAUCCCCGUGCCCGUCCAGCUCCUCCUCCGGCCCGAUCCCCCCGUGCCCGUCCAGCUCCUCCUCCGGCCCGAUCCAUCCCUCUGUCCAUCCAGCUCCUCCUCCGGCCCGCUCGCUCCCCGCCCAUGAGGCGCCGGGCCGCCUCCCCCAGAGCGGCAGAAGAUGGCGGCGGCCGCGGGCUGGGCGCUGCUGGCCCUGGCGCUGUGUGUGAGCGCGGCGGCCGCGACCGGCGGCUCCGAGGGGAAGCGGCGGGAGGGGCCGCCCAAGAAGAAGGACAUUCGGGACUACAACGACGCGGACAUGGCCCGGCUGCUGGAGCAGUGGGAGAAAGAUGAUGACAUUGAAGAGGGAGAUCUCCCUGAGCACAAGAGGCCUCCAGCACCAAUAGAUUUCUCAAAAAUAGAUCCAGGCAAGCCUGAAAGCAUCCUGAAGCUGACAAAGAAGGGGAAGACUUUGAUGAUGUUUGUCACAGUGUCAGGAAAUCCCACAGAAAAGGAGACAGAAGAAAUCACCAGCUUGUGGCAGGGCAGCCUCUUCAACGCAAACUACGACGUGCAAAGGUUUAUUGUUGGCUCCAAUCGGGCCAUCUUCAUGCUGCGGGAUGGUGGCUAUGCCUGGGAGAUCAAAGACUUCCUGGUAAAUCAGGAAAGGUGUGCAGAUGUUACCCUGGAAGGUCAGGUUUAUCCUGGCAAAGGAGGAGAUGGAAAUGAGAAAGUGAAAAACAAAACAAAACCUGAAAAAGCAAAGAAGAAAAAAGACACAGAGAAGAAAUCUAACGGUGUCAAAGAGGACAACCGAGCAACCAACCAGAGAGAGGAGCUAUGACAGCCACGGUACCAGACUGAGUCCUGCUCUGCUGCUCCCUGGAGGGAAUCUGCUGAGGAGUCCUGGGUUUUGGGGAGGAAGGAAGCAGAGACUACUGAAGCUUAAAUUUAUGUUGAAAUCACCAGUUUACUCAUUGCUAUUGGCCAUUUGUUUAGUUACAGGAAAGGUAACGCUUCAUGUCAGCAAUUGACUGCUUUGGUUUGUAAUUUUUUUAUGCUUUUGUUGUUGUUUAAAACUAGCAUUCAAAUCUGUGUGUCUAACAUCACAAAUUUAAUUUAAGUGGAAAAGAAGAAUUAUGGUUUCAGAAUACACUGAUGUUCAUCUGUAGUAGCUGUGUCCAUCUUGGGUGUGCAUAUCAUGGAUUCCCAGCUGCUGUCAGAGAGCCAGGUGCAGUGUGAAAAGAUUCUCUUGAAAGAUGGUUUGAUGGACACAGUUGGCACACAAAACUGCCCAAAGUUGCAAAGAGUAGUGGCCAAAGAUGCCUGAAAUUACGGGAUUUAGGACAUGUUUGGUUAGACUGCCUGUUUCUUUAAAAUUUUCUCAACCCAUUUUGUCCCAGGAAAUCUGUGGGUAGGAAGUCUGCUCAUGCACUCCAGAUCUGUUCAGGAGGGACACUGUGUGCCCUUCAGAAGGGAAUGGAACUGCAGCACCUGCACAGGAAGUGUCAGGGUGAAAGGUGGAGAUGAAUCCAGAGCAUUCAGGUUGCUCCUGCUGCUGAAGGACUGUGCCUGUGGAAGCAGCUGUUGUGUGUUCAAGAAAAAGCUUUAACUCUGAAAUUAAUUUGGUUUACUGAUUUAAUGGUUUGUUUAAAUAUUUGAAAAAGCACUAGUUACAGCACAGAGUUAAACUUGGAGUUAGACUUGUCACUUACUGAUGCUGAUCUGGUCAGAUUUUGGUGGGGUUUUUUUCUUGGUACAGAUUCCUGACUGAUGUGGUUGAUUGUAAAUGACCAUUUGAUUUGAGUACUAUGAAGCUGGACAUAUGGGAGCCAAUACUUUGUAUAAUUGGGGAGGUUUUGUUAUUAUUCAGAUUGUUUUCAAAUGCUUUGCUUAGAAUUGUUUCCCUUCUGCCUUACUACCAGUUAGGGACUAAAGGCACCAAGUAGUGUGGUCCACAUCAUUUUGCAGAGGAUGAGCACAGGAUCAACUGUGUUCAUUCAAUCCUGGGAUGGUGUUACUUUUUCUUUAAGGUGCUAAAAUCCAAGUCUUUUGGAUAAAAGGUCCUAAUUGAACCAUAAUGGUUGAUCUUGUGGAAUACUUCAGUAUCAAAAGUACAAAACUGUGACUGAGUCCUUGUCCUAAAAUAAAAUAUGUCACUAAACUUACUGUUUUGAAGAGUAGUAAAACCUUUUAAAUAGAUCUGCAUUUGGUUAUGUAUUCAAGAGGCAGACUAACUCGUCUUUGGUUUCUGUAUGUAAGGACUACAUGAUGUUGAUGAAGGUUCCAGUUGAUUAAUUUCAUUUAAUUUUAAUUAUAUUUGUAUAAAUUUAGAUUAAAGAAACCUUUGCAGCUACACUUCAUUAAACAGGCCUGUACCUGUUUGAGUGAAAAAUUAAAAUUUGUUUCAGGAUUAACUAUUACCUUUUAUAUUCUCCUACUAAUGCAGAUGUGCAGCAGAGUUGAGAAGAGUCUCAGUAGAUAUUUGGAUGGUUGAGAUGUGCAGUCCAAUUCUUGUGCAUAACUAAUUUAUCAUUUGGUCACAUAUUCUGGGUUAGCACCACCCUUUGUAAACAAUAUUGCUUCUCAUCUCAAGGGAAGAACAGGCCACAUGAAACUAUAAAAAUUAAAUAUAAAUGAGUUUUUUCAAAGUUAUGGUAUAGAGGUGAUAAUUCAGAUUUUGAUAAGAAAGACAUAGAAGGCAGUUUUGUAUUCCUCUUAAUGUUAUUUCCUUUUUGAUCAGAUUGGGUUUGAGACUGUUGGAUAAACAAUUGCUACACUAUAGCUAUGGCCCAGAUUUUGAGUAUAUUUACUUCAGUGUCAUAAAUCUACUUUUGCAGUAGAUUGGGUCUUUCCCCUUUGAAAUUAAAAGGAGCUUUGUUGAAACUGAACCAGCCAAUUGAUCUUCUUUUUUUGGUUGGCUGGUUGGUUGGUUCUGAGUCAGUUGCCCGUGCCAAAUGCAGGUAUCACUUGUUCCACAUAGCUUAAUUAAAUUUCAAAGUGUUUGGGGUUUUUUUUGGUUUGUUUAAUUUUUUGGGUUUUUUUUUUUUUUUUUUAAGAUUUUUAAUCUGUGUGAUAAGUUGGCAGUUACUUUUUGAUAUAAAACACAAAAUGCUGUCUUCACAAAAUAAGUUUCUUCUAAUCUUCCAUGUUUCUUUUCCCUUUUCCAUGCUUUACACUAAACAAAUACUGAAAUAUACCAGUAAGUGUAACAUGGCAGUCUGGCAGGAUCUGCUUUACCUCAGCCAGUCUUUCUCUGCUAUCAUAGUUCAUUAAUCAAGAAUAACUUGAAUUGCCUUUUAAAGCUGGUAAGGUCUUUGAGACAGUUGCACUUGUCCUGGCACAGUGUUACAUAACCAAAUGUUUGGUGAUGAUUUAAGAAUCCCAAACCCUAUUGAUAUAUAUAUAUAUCAAAUAUUCUCUAAAAGUUACAUAAGACCAGGAAUGUUCUAUGAGUACCUCAAAGGAUGAAGUCUCCCUUGGAGGCUUAUCAGGCUUUCAAUAACAGAUUUUUUGGUUCCACAUACAGGACAUUCAGAUACCUCCUUUAAAACUAAUUUCAACCAGUAGGGUGGUAAUUAAAGCUCUUACUGUUUCCUUUUUUUUUUUUUUUUUUUUCAAUUUUAUGCAGAGGUACAUGGAAAAUCAUCUGUUUUCAUGACAAUGAAACAUCUGCUGCCUUCCUCCUCCUAGCAUAGCGGUUUCUCUGUUCUAGUGCUAUAACUAACUUUUCUGAGCUACUGUUAAAUUUUUAACCCAGCUGUCCUACUCAGAAAAAAAGAGUUUGUCAGUGAUGCUACACAGGAUGUGGUUGCACUUCAUGAAAAAUUUCCAAUGGACAAUCAACUUUUUAUGUAAUAAAAUACUGGAAAAAAUA